CAGGGGGUCCCAGGGGCUCCCGGGGGGCUCCGGGGAUCCCCCCGGGAGGCCCCGGGGCCGCCAUGGCGGGGGCGGCGGCGCUGCAGGUGCUCCGCCAGGGCGUUUGGGCCUCGCUGACCGGCGGCUGCUUCCUGGACCCGCAGCUCGGCGCCUUCGCCAACUGCGUCCGGCUCUACGUGUGGCUGUUCCUGCUCGGGCUGCCCCUCGGGCUCUACUCGGCGCUGCCGCCCACCCCCGCUGUGGCCGCUCUGUACUGCGGGGUCGUGGCCGCGUUUUUCGGGGCUGUCAAGGCCGUGACCUUCCGGCUCCACGCGCAGCUCGACCGGGGGGACACCCAGGGUGACCCCGAGGGGGGGGCGGCCGCUCUGCUGCCCCCCCGCAGCCCUGAGGAGGGGGACGGGCCUCCCGGACUCCCUGGGGGGGGUCUGGAGCUCUCGGUGCUCCGGUGGCCGCGUGCGACCCCCCCCCAGCUCUGCGGCUUCAACCAGCUCUCGGAGUUGCUACCACAGCUGGACAUGGACAACAUGGGGGGUGAGCAGCCCUGGGACCCGCCCUGGGCCUCGGGCCCUCUCCGGGAUGUGUCCCUCCCCCAACUAAAGCCCCCUGUGCCCCCCUCCCCCCCAGAGCUCCGGAGCAGCACCAGCGGCAUCGUCACCGCUGCCGACCGGGAGCAUCUGUGCUGCGGCCCCCCCGCGGUGGGGGGGCACCCCGCCCCAGACAGCCCCCUGGCAGCUGGCGCAGAGGGGGAGGUCCUGCCUGGCAACCCCCCUGCAACACCCCCCCAGGAUGAGGGUCCCAGCAGCCUAUGCAUGGCCCUGAGCCCCCACCAGUCCCCCGGGAAGACCCCAGCCACCAGGGACUCUCCUCAGGGGGUGAGAGGGGGGCCCUGA